AUGAUUUCCGAUCUAGUCGCCCCCUACGGGCCUUAUUUCCUGCUGGCCCUGCUAGCUGCCUACUAUCUGGUCCCGUACCUACAGCUAUGGCGCCUGCGUGACAUCCCUGCCCCUAGCCUGGCCGGCUUCACCAACUUCUGGCUGGUCCUGCAGACCCGAAAGGGCCACCGCUUCCUCUCCGUGCAUGAAGCCCACAAGCAAAAUGGAAAAUUGGUUCGCCUUGCUCCGAGAAACAUCUCCAUUGCCGACGAUGCCGCCAUUCCUCUCAUCUACGGACACGGAAACGGUUUCCUCAAGGCUGACUUCUACGAUGCCUUUGUCUCCAUCCGUCGCGGUUUAUUCAACACCCGCGACCGUGUGGAACAUUCUCGCAAGCGCAAGACCGUGUCUCAUACCUUCAGUAUGAAGUCGAUCGGCCAGUUCGAGCAAUACAUCCACGGCAACAUCGAGCUGUUCGUGAAGAAGUGGAAUCAGCUCGCCGAGCUGCAGGCCAACCCCAAGACCGGCUACGCGUCCCUUGACGCCCUCAAUUGGUUCAACUACUUGGCUUUCGACAUCAUCGGCGACCUGGCCUUCGGAGCUCCGUUCGGCAUGCUCGAGAAGGGCAAGGACAUCGCCGAGAUGCGCAAGACGCCCGAUUCGCCCCCGUCAUACGUCCAGGCCGUCGAGGUGCUGAACCGCCGUGGCGAGGUUUCCGCCACCCUGGGCUGCUUCCCGUCUCUCAUCCCCUUUGCCAAGUAUAUUCCCGAUCGCUUCUUCAAGGACGGCAUGCAGGCCGUCGAGAACCUCGCCGGUAUCGCCGUGGCCCGGGUUAACGAACGUCUGCGCCCCGAAGUCAUGGCUAACAACACCCGUGUCGAUCUCCUGGCGCGUCUCAUGGAAGGCAAGGACGGCAACGGCAACAAGCUGGGCCGCGAAGAACUGACCGCCGAGGCCCUGACCCAAUUGAUCGCCGGCUCCGACACCACCUCCAACACCUCCUGCGCUAUCCUCUACUGGUGCAUGCGCACUCCCGGCGUGAUCGACAAGCUCCACCGCAUUCUCGACGAGGCCAUUCCCCAGGAUGUUGAAGUUCCCACCCACUCCAUGGUGAAGGAAAUCCCUUAG